UAACAGACUUCUGCGGGGCAGCUGUUGGAAGUGAACUGCUGAAGCUGAGUCAGUAAAUCUUCUCACCAGCCCAGGCUCAGUCACUAAGCUGGUGUGUCAGAGAGCCAUUUACGUGCUGGGGGGGGAAUUACAAAUCAAAUGCUGGCAUCGUGAGAAGAAGGAUCCGUCGGAUUUUCCCCUUUUAAAUUCUGUGGGAAUAUUGUGUUUGACAGCUCCUGUGUACAGCUUCAGCUUAAGGCUGGAGGACAUCUCCUCGGGAUGAUGAAGAUAUUUUCACCUUGCUCUAUCAUGAUUAUUGUUGCGCUACUUGUCGCCACCGUCUCUGCCACCAAAUUAAACGUGCCACGGCUGAGACUGUCCCACAAAGACCUGCUGUCCACCAACAGGUCAUCCAUCUUCAGCGGUCACCAUGGCCACCUCUCUGUUACCGCUGUCUUCCUGGAUGAAUACCGUGACCGUUUAUUCCUGGGCGGGAAAGACGUCCUGUACUCUCUCACGCUGGGACCUGUUAGCAGUGAAUCGAAAGAGAUCUUCUGGCCUCCAUUACCUGGCAACAGAGAAGACUGCAUUCAGACAGGGAAGGACCCACAGACAGAGUGUGCCAACUUUGUUCGCCUGCUGCAGCCCUACAAUCGUACGCACCUCCUGGCUUGUGGCACUGGUGCCUUCCAGCCCAUGUGUGCCUUCAUCUAUGUCGGGCACAGAGGAGAGCACGUGUUCACAAUGGACCCUCUAAAUGUGGAAAAUGGAAGAGGAAGAGUUCCACAUGACCCCAGCUUCCCCUUCGCCAGCACCUUCAGUGGUGGGGAGCUGUAUACAGGACUGACAGCAGAUUUCCUGGGAAGAGACUCUGUGAUAUUCAGAAGUAUGGGUGGUCGCUCCACAAUGAGGACAGAGACUGACCAGAAACUCCUUCAUGAUCCCAAGUUCAUUGCAGCCCACCUCAUCCCGGAUAAUGAUGACAGAGACAAUGAUAAGGUGUAUUUCUUCUUCACUGAGAAGGCCACAGAGGCUGGAGAAACAGAGGGGGCCAUACACACACGAGUUGGACGAGUGUGUGCGAAUGAUAUCGGCGGUCAAAGAGUGCUGGUCAAUAAGUGGAGCACCUUUAUCAAAGCCAGACUUGUCUGUUCUGUACCAGGACCUCAUGGAAUCGAUACUCACUUCAACCAACUUGAGGAUGUUUUCCUGAUGAGGACCAAGGAUGAAAGGAACCCAGAUGUCUAUGCAAUUUUUAGCACCAUCAGUAAUGUAUUCCAGGGCUUUGCUGUGUGUGUUUACCGCAUGACUGAUAUCAGAGAAGUUUUCAACGGACCUUUUGCACAUAAAGAAGGUCCUGACUACCAAUGGGGUGCUUAUGAAGGCAGGGUUCCUUAUCCAAGACCAGGCGUGUGCCCGAGUAAAAUCAUCAACCAACCUGGCAGGGAGUUUGGCAGCACAAAGGACUUCCCCGAUUCAGUCCUGCAGUUUGCCCGCAGCCACCCGUUGAUGUGGCGGCCGGUGUAUCCAGCCCUUCGUCGCCCUGUGCUUGUAAAGGCCAACAUUCCUUAUAAGCUGAAACAAAUAGUGGUGGAUCGUGUUGAGGCGGAGGAUGGGCAGUAUGAUGUUAUGUUUAUUGGCACAGAUAUUGGCACAGUGUUGAAGGUCAUUGCACUAAACAAUGGAAACAGUCUAGAGACAGAGGAAGUCACACUAGAGGAGCUACAAGUCUUUAAAGUACCAACUCCAAUUACGUCACUGGAUAUAUCUGUGAAAAGGCAAGCCUUGUAUGCAAGCUCUCCACUAGGUGUGGCGCAGGUGAAGCUCCAUCGCUGUGAAACUUACGGGAAAGCCUGUGCUGAAUGCUGUCUUGCCAGAGACCCUUACUGUGCAUGGGAUGGAUCGUCCUGUACGCGAUUCAUUCCCAACAGCAAACGACGCUACCGCAGACAGGACAUCAGACAUGGAAACCCUGCACUGCAGUGUGUGGAUCAGAAUCUCAGUGAAGACCUUGAUGUAACAGAAGACAGAGUGGUCUUUGGUACUGAGAACAACAGCACCUUCCUAGAGUGUGUUCCUCGCUCCCCACAAGCAACUGUCACCUGGCUGGUCCAACGUGAUGACCACAAGGAAGAGGUGAAGCUAGAUGAUCGUGUGAUGUCCACGGAUCAGGGUCUCCUGUUUCGUAACCUUUUCCACCAAGAUGAAGGCGUCUACAUCUGCCGCUCUCGAGAGCACGGCUUCACGCAGACUUUGGCCCGCAUCACCCUCGAAGUCCUCCAAGGGGAGACCGUGGAUGAGCUCAUGUCGCGUGGACACACAGGAAACUCUGACUCAAUCAAAGACCGGUCUACAGGGACUUUCAGAGCCUGGAUGCCUUGCAGCGCGUACAGCAGGGGCGGUUCAUCAAGCCAAAUCGGCCAGUCGCGCAUAUGGUUCAAGGAUAUCAUGCAGCUCAUCGGGCCGUCGAAUCUGCCGCACGUGGAGGAGUACUGCGAGAGGAUGUGGUGCAAUGACAAGCUGAGGAGGAAACACAAAAGCAUGAUAGAGAAGUACCGCCAAGCACAGGAGAGCGCCAGGAAGGCUCGUAGCAAGAGCUCUGGUGAACGCAACAGGACGCCGCGGGAUCUAAGGGCGUGGGAGGAGUGACAAAAAGAAGGCGAGGAGUGGAAUAUGAGAGCAAAAAUGAAAGUGGGAAAAAAGACAAAUGUUAGUUCAGGACAAGAUAAAUAGACAGGCAUAAAGACCAGCCUAAUAGUUUUUUGUAAAACCAUGGUAGAUCAAAGCAGCGUGUCUCUUUUGCUCAUUUUAACAAAAUGAAUUUUAGUGUGUAAAGAAAAUUAGUGUAUAAAGAAUCUGAAAAAAUGACAGUCAUGUUGGAUGGAAGCACAACUUGAGCUGAAAAACUGCAUGUGAAAGUGUAUGGGAAGUUUGGGGUAUUAUGAGGUUAGUGCAUAACUCGUGUGUUUCUGGCUGUCACCCGAAAAUAGACCGAAGUGUUCACCUGUCUGGAGGGAUGGCACAAAAAGAGACUCCAACUGAACUAAACAGGUUGUUGCUAAUCCUGAUGUUGACUGUAGUUUAAAAAAAGAGAUCAGAGACAAUUUUUCAACUACACUCUGAGGAUGCUUUUUAAAAUCCCAGUCACUGAGGAGUUGUCUGCCUUCCCCACCUUUGUUCUUUCGUAUUUCUAGUGUCACUGAAAUGGCAGGAAAUGUUUUGAUUUAAUCAACUUCUGUCUUCACUGAGAAAACCUGCAAAACUUCUCAUUCUCUGAUUUAAGUGACAUACACGUACCUGCAGGGUGAUUUUAGUUACAGCUGGUUUCCUGCUUUUCAGCUUCAUUGACUCUUCAAUGGUGGUUUGUGAUUACUUGUAUGUAAUUGUUAAUUUUCUUUUGCAAAGAGCACACACACACUCAUGUCUGGUUUGCUAUCCUCGUGGGGACAUCCCAUUGACAUAAUGCUUUCCCUAGCCCCUUACCCUAACCCUAACCAUCAAAAAGAAAUGCCUAACCCUGAUCCUUACCCUAAACCUAACCAUAACCUAAUUGUAACCCUGACACUAAAACCACAUUUUGAGUGUGAAAAUUGCUUUCAACCCCAAGGGGACCUGGAUUUUGGUCCCCACGAUGCAGAAAGUCCCCACCAGUAUAAUAAAUAUCAGAUUUUGGUCCCCACCAGGAUACACACACACACACACACACACACACACUUUUUUUUUUUUGCAAGAAUUUCAUACGAUGCAGUUCACUGGAUUCAUUUCCUUCUUGUUUUACAUUUAAUGACCUGUGUCUCUUACCUUGCUUGUUAUUACAUAUUCAUGUGUGACUUCAGCUCAUAAAUGACUUUGCAGUAUAUUUGCAGAAGGAAAGUGCAACUUGUAAACAUGUUUAGGCAAUUGCUGUAUCUGAUCUUGGUCUGUCUGGCUCCAUUUGUGCCAAGUCUUACAUUAAUGGAAGUCUCACUCAAACGGCUAAAUGCAUAAGCUCAAACCAGAAGCUACCAUAAGACGACUGUUGAUGGUUCAGCAGAUUAAAGGCACAUGGCUUUAUGUUUAUUCCACUGGGUUGAACUUUCCAUUAAACAAAAUGGUGGUUUAUUUUUCAUGAUUUUGGUUACAUGCCAUAACACCUCUUAGAAAGAACCUGCAUGAUACUUGUCUCUGAUAUUUAGCUCUGUGAACUUUAUACGUCUCUGUGCACUAAGUGCUCUCACUAAAGCUCCUUUUUAGUCCUUUCCAUCAAGCUAAAGUCACUGGCACAUGUCAGCAUCGUGUCUGAAUGAGGACCCUGAUUUAUUUUGCCAUACAAAUAACAAUUAUUUUAAUAACCUCUUAAUUUAUGCAUUUAUUGUGUCUGUACAAAAUGACUCAGCAUUAUGCUUUCAAUUUGUCUGUGUGACAAUCUCAUAAACAUCUUUAAAUAGCUUCUUUUUUUCUUUUCAAGUGCUGGUUAAAAGGAGCUAUUCAAGUCAAAAUUACGUAACUUGACCUCUCUGUGGGGGAUCCUGCCUCACACUUAAGCUAAUUUUCCCACAGUUUCUCUGUGUGCUGAAGCUCUCUGCUGAUAAUGGAGGGAACGAUAGAAAGGGGUCAAGUGUAUUGGCUGGCUCCUCUAGUUUUCUGCAGUGUAAACACUAGUUUUAAGAGUAGCUUUGUCGUUAAAAUAUGACUUAUGAAUGCUGAGAAAAAAUUCUUUUCUAAAAUCGAGGGUGGAAAAGAGAAAAUAUGGUUGACAUCAUGGAACAGAGCACAUAUCUCAAGACAGAAGGGAUUGACACUGAACAAACAUAGUCUGGAAAUAAGUGAAUUUCACACUCACGUUUAUCCUCCCUGUGUUGGUGUAGCAGUAAUGACGAGAUCUCAAUCUCCAUCUGCCCCAGGUCCUCCUAAGGCUUCGCUUUGCUUUUGGUUUCUAACCAUUGAGUGUUGUCUGAAAAACUACAAAUACCGAAUAAGGUGAAAUAUAAGCAUUAUAUAUUUGGGUAAAAAACAUAAUUUCUGUUAGGAUUAUCAAAGUAUUGCGAUUCUGAUUCUGAUAAAAUAUUCAUGAACAAAAUGUAAAAAUCCCUCAUAACAAGACAAAAUCUGUUUGUUGAACUUGGGUGAGACAUGAGUGUUGGGAUAACUUCUCUGUUAACACCAGCCUCAUAUUUAUUCAGACUAUUAUCUAGAGACACCAGUUAUAUUCCUCAAGGCCAGUGAUCUCUUCAACAUAAACACUGUUUUUGGACUGGUAAAGAACUGUAUAAAAAGACCAGGUAAUCAAGUACGCUUAGCAAAAGGCAAUUCUUCACAAACACAGGGAGCGUGUGCUAUACGUAUAACGACAACAAUGUACUUAUUCUUAUAGUCCUUCCAGUAUUUACAGUUAAAUGGGAAGCUCUGUGGUCUGUGUCGAUGGCUUUUCAAAACAGAAAGGAAAUGACAGAAGUGACAAAAGCAGAAAAAAGAGUCAGGGUGUUGUUAAUUAAAGAGGUACUAUAAGCAUCUUAUGAAGGCUGUAUUUGGAAUUCCUAAAGAUCCUAACCCAUAAUAUUAUUUUUUUAAUACAUCAUUGUAUAAUAUUUCUAAAAUGUGAUCCCCCCGAACUCCAACCCCAGUUUUGCAGCAAAUGAUCAUUUUUAAUCCAUCGAAGUUUAUUUUCUUAGUUUGAGAGUAUGAGAAAGCCUAUUAAAUGACACCUAUUACUUGUGUUUUCUCUAUAAACUCUUCUUCUACUGCACUGUUAGGAUGGAAGAGGGUUUUUUUUCUCAAAGCUUCCUAUUUUAGUGUGAACUUUUUUCCUUUUCUUGCCGUGGUGUCUUUUGUUUGAGCUUCUGCUUAUCUAAGUAAGGCAUGAAUUACUACCACUGCGACAUUUUAAAAUGUUUUUAAGGUGUAGUUGAUUUGUAAUCGUGAUUGUAAACAUAGUAAAAUUGUACAAACAUGCAAAUUUCCAUCUAACAGUAACUGUCAGGAAGAGGAAAUUGCCAAAAAUAAAUGCUAAAACUUGCUGUUACUUAACUUAUAUAUUGAAAUUUAACAAGUGUGGACUCCAUAUUUACAGACAAAUGUGCCGUGACUGACUAAAUGCAGUUAUUUGUGCAUGGUUCAUAAACAAUGUAAAUCCAUUCAGUGCUUUUCAGAUUUGCACAAAGUGUGUUUUGUUAUUGCAUGUGAUAUUUUCUAUUUUUAUCUUCUUAGGAUGAUGUUCUUAUGAUGUUCACUUUCUAUAGCUAUCCCAUGCUCUCGAGAUCAUUUCAUUUUCAUUUGAUGGGGAUUCACCAGUUAACAUCAUGAUACUUGUGUUUUAAGACACCUUUUUCACAGUCUUCAUUCUGACAUGCAAAUAGAUGUAAGUGCAAAACUUUUCAUCCCAUUCUAUGUAUAGCACCAUGACAUAUAUAAAUUGAAAUGGGCUAUAACUAAUGCUAUUAAUUACACCUGUGUUUAAGCAGAAACAAUCUGUCAAAAUGAACCUUUCUGAGGCAGGAGGCGUGUUUCAGUGUUUACACCCUCUGGCAAAAAAUUAUAGCAUCAUUGCAUGUGGAGGAUCUUCAUUCAACUCCUUUACCUUGUAGCAAAUAAACAAACUGUGUCACAAAACUGUUUUUGUUUAAUAGUGGAACAUGAAAGAUACCUCAAGCACAUUAAAUAAUUGUAAUUAAUGUAUUUGGUUUUUUCAAAAUCAAGUAGUGGAAGAGAAGCUGUUGCACCUGGCUGAUUGAAAGGAGGCAAGCCCCCAACAAGAGAGCUGUCAGUUAAAUCAAACUCAUUGCCAGAAGAAUCCAACACUAAGUGUAGCUAAAGAUGUUUGUUCCCAGUCAACCGUGUCUAUAACUUGGAGUAAGUACAACCGAAAUGGGAAAGUUCUAGGAGGAAAACUUGCAGGUAGACAGGAGAUGUCAAAGUGUCAGGAUAGAAAAUCAGAGCAGUACGCCCUGAAAAUGGAAAAUGUUCAAAAAUGUUAACAAAUGGGCCGUAAUGUUUGUGACAGAAUUAUAAAAAUUAAAUGGGAUCUACAUACAGAAAACCAAAAGGAAAACCAGCACUAACAUCCAUACAGAAACAAGGUUACAGUGAGCUAAAAAGAGAAUGAAAGGCUAUCUCGCUCUCUCUCUCUCUCAAUCUUGGGACUAUAGAUGAUUGGAUGUAAGUGACUCCAGUGAUAAAUCACAAAGUCAGCCAACUAGGCAAGGAAAAGAUACCCUGAUGCUGUUCCAAUGACACAUAUAUGAAGAUGACUGCUUGAUGAAAACAAGCAAACUUUAUCAAAUAAAAGGCCCGGGGAAGAUGGCAAUCAUUACUUCAGCAGUAAAUGCAGAAGUGUACACUCAGAUUUUCGUACCCUUCUAAUCAGAAAGCCGGUUUGGUGAUGAUAAUAGAGUCAUUUAAUCAGAAAAGGCCCAUUACCUCAGUGCUAUGGACACAAAAAAAGGGUUAAGAUUUCAAUCUGACUGAAAAUUUAUGGUGAAAAACUGAGCUCAGCUGUUAUUUGAAAAAGUUGGAAUUAACCAGAUGGAGAGUAUUGCUUUUCAUUAGUGAGCUCCAUGCCUCAAACCUUUUGGGGCGUCAUAAAAGCCUGAGGAGGUACUAAAUUGAGAUGAUUUCCUCAACAGUGAUUCCAUUUUUUUCCCCUCCACAUGAUCUUGAACAGAAAUGUCAUGUAUUAAAAUAGUUGAAAUUAAUUUGUUUGAGGUAUGAUUCAUGAAGCCAGAAUGUUCAGCUAAUGAAUAAAAUAGUUCUGUGUCAUAUCUCUGAUUUAUUAUUGUGCCGUGAUACCAUAGUUUUGCCGGGGGCUGUAGCUGCUCCUCCUGAAUUUGACAGAAGUCUGCACAUGCUCUAAACUCCACAGUUAAAGUGCAUUAAGAAACAAAAUGCAAAAUGUGGUUUAUCAGUUAUACAAUAGAAAAGCCUGUAGUUCAGUAGUUGCAGUCCAGCUAGCACAUAAUCAUUUUAAACAUGAAGGGUUCUUGAAGCAUGUUUUUAACCGUAAGGAUUCUUCAGCUAAUAAUACUUUGCUUUGUGAAGUUUCCCAUUAUUAUGUGGUUUAAAAAAGUGUGCUGGUUUUAGACUCUGGCAGAAAGAGUCUUAUUUAAAUGUAUAUUUAAAUACUAUUUAAAUGUCUUUCUAUCCUGCAUGCUAUGAACUUGUAAGCUAUUUAACACAAUUAAAAGUUUUUAACAUCA